AUGGGCUCCAAAAAGAAGGCAAAGAAGAAUGCCGAUUUCAAGAAGGUCAAGUUGAAAGUUGGCAAGAAACUCAAGAAGACUACCACAACUGAUACAACCAUUCAAACGAAGAAGGUUGUGCUUAUCUCCCAACUUGAAGAAAAGUCAGAGUCUAGUGACAAGCCACUUUCCUUUCGAGGUCUUUCACUAGACGAGUUGUGCAAGCAACUUGGUCAUUUCAAUAAGAGUGUUAGAAGAGACGCCUUGACGGGCACUAAGCAACUAUUAACUUCUCGCCCGGACCUCAUUGAGGCGCAUCUGAGGACUUUGGUUCCUGCAAUAGCUCGUCUAGUUUCAGAUUGUGGUCAUGAUCCUGCUUUGAACGGUCAACUGCGGUCGCUUUUACGGGUAAUAUGCUCAGUUUCUUCUCAUGCUAUGGCUGCCCAUUUUACUUUGUUCGUGGCACAUCUUCUCCACGCUUUGACACAUAACGAAGCAGGGGUUCGCAACUUUUCAUUAUCGAUCAUCGCUAUGCUGUUGAAUAGUUAUCCCGAUCUUUGUCGGACUAAUGUUGAUCUUUUCAACUCUUUCGUUAAAUUUCUGAAUGGAUCGCGAAAACCAGCUUGGAAUUCUGCUCGCUUUCUUGAGACCAUCGAGUUGUUUAUCAAGGCAAGCUUAUUCGGUAGACAAGACGAUGGGAAAAUUUCAUCCUGA